AGCCAGGGGGCGGAAGAGGCCACGAGGGAAGACAGAUAAGCCGGAGAGAAGGUGGGGCCGCAGCCCUAGAGAGCAGCAGCCCCUUCAGCGGCAAACCCCAGGGGAUGGAGCUGAGCAGAGCCGCCGUGGCCAGGGCGCCUACUGCCCUGGCCAUCGCCUUCCUGUGUGCCGUGUCCUCAAGCACCGACACCUGUCCAGACGUGAAGGUGGUGGGCCUGGACGGCGCCGACAAGCUCACCAUUCUCCGGGGCUGCCCGGGGCUGCCCGGGGCUGCGGGGCCCAAGGGAGAGGCGGGGGCCGGCGGAGGGAGAGGAGAACAAGGCUCCCCUGGCAUCCCUGGGAAGGCAGGACCACCUGGGCCCAAAGGAGACCCCGGGGAGAAGGGCACACAAGGAGAGAAAGGAAAGUCCUGGGAAGCUGAGCAAUGUCAUACAGGACCCCGGAACUGCAAGGAGCUGCUCACCAGGGGACACUUCCUGAGCGGCUGGCACACCAUCUACAUGCCCGACUGCCAGCCCCUGACCGUGCUGUGCGACAUGGACACAGAUGGCGGGGGCUGGACCGUCUUCCAGAGAAGGAGUGAUGGCUCCGUGGACUUCUACCGGGACUGGGCCACGUACAAGCGGGGCUUUGGCAGUCAGCUGGGGGAGUUCUGGCUGGGGAACGACCACAUCCACACCCUGACUGCCCAGGGAACCAGCGAGCUCCGGGUAGACCUCGUGGACUUUGAGGGCAACCACCAGUUUGCCAAGUACAGCUCGUUCAAGGUGGAAGGCGAGGCCGAGAAGUACAAGCUGGUCCUGGGAGGCUUUGUCGGGGGCGACGCUGGUGACUCCCUGACGUCCCACAAUGGCCAUAUCUUCUCCACCAAAGACCAGGACAAUGACUCGAGUCCGCAACAUUGUGCUGAGCUGUACCAUGGGGCCUGGUGGUACUAUACCUGUCACGUGUCGAACCUGAAUGGUCACUACCUUGGGGGAGCCCAUAACAGCUUUGCAAAUGGCAUCAACUGGAAGUCCGGGAAAGGCUAUAACUACAGCUACAAGGUGUCGGAGAUGAAGGUGCGGCCCACCUAGGCGGCGGCAGCCCCGGAGCGCCUCCAGUCGCACCCUUCCACACACACAGGUGUGGAGAGAGAGCUGUCCCCAGGUCCUCACAGGGAAGGAACUUGGGCUCUGGGUCACCACCAUCACCACCUGCGUGGACCCGCUUGGCCGCAUGCUUCUUGCCGACUUCAGAGCCUUCUCUCCCGUCUGCGAGGAUGAGAGAGCUUGCCAGCCAUGCCAUGCGUGUUCUCAAUAAAGACACUGGUCAUGCCUCA